CUAUUACGCCGGCCAAACCGCCGUGUGGGCCAUCGCCAACCCCAAACCUUCGUCCCAUCCCCAUAACCGCACACACACACACACAAACACACUCUCCCGACCCUCGACCACCCGCUCCCCGCCCUUCUCCCCACGAAUCCCAGUGACCACCGGCCAUACCCAUACCGCAACGGCCACCUGUAAUUCCAUCCGUCUCGGUGCUUCCUGCGUCGCUGUUCUUUGAUCAUCCAUUUCGGCGCGUGUUCGGGCACACGUCUGUCAGUUGUCUGCUGUCUGUCUCUUCGCCUCUUUCGCCCUUUCACCCUUUCACCCUCUUCCCCCCCACCCUUCCAAAACAGGCGUCAACCCCAGCUCCGUCGAACCCGUCAAACUCCGUCCCGUCCCGUCUUCUCCUGCCAGCCUCUUUCCUGCAUUUUGUCGUCUGUCGCCGUCGACCUCGUGGUAUUCUGGACCGUCGACUUGUUGCGCGCAUCGCACGUAGCCUCCGAUUGAUCCAACUCGAUCUCGCCCGUAUUCAUCCGCUACCAUCUGGACGCUGGUGCUAGGAGGGUGAGCCCGGCAGUAAUAUCUCGCGAAAACCGACGACGCUCUGCACCAACAGACGAAUCUCGACGCCAAUUGACCCGCCGACCGUCGCUCGAUACACUCCUCAACGCUUGCUCACUGGCUGUGGAAUUGGAGGGUUCUCUUGUGCCUGAUCUGUCGACGUUCCUUUCUCGCGAGGCCGAUGUCCCAUCAUGGUUAAAUUGCGAUUGGUUUGUGUUGCCGCCAUCAUCAACACACCGUCCAUCUCCUCUUCACCUGCGCAAUAAGACCUAGGUGGUCGUUGUCGACCAAGAAUCGGAGCCAUGGAUCCAUUACAUAUCACCGAGUUCGGUUCGGAGCGCUAUCUCGAGAAGGUCCAACAGUUUCAGGCCCAGACAGAGGCAAAUGCUUCCCAAGGGCAGGGGGCAGUCUCGACGCUCCUCCAGUCCCCCUUUAUUCUCCCUAUUCGCGAGUCCGGCGCCACGGGCUCAGAUGUCGGGGCCAAGUCGAACGAGCAAAAGCGUCCGGAAAAGAAGGGAUUCAGCUCCUGGAGGAAUAGAUUUACCAAGCCCCCAGCAGUCCCACCUUCGAGUAUCUGUGAACAGCCCGAACGUCGUCCCUCGUUGCCAGAAUCGACAACCAAACAGCCGCUGCCUUUCGACCAUUUGUUUGCCGCGCUGCCGAACGAACUGCAGGUCGAGAUCAUCGCAUCACUUCCGCUCUCUGAUGUCUUGAACCUUCGACUGGCUUCGAAAUCCCUUCACGCUCUGGUAUCGCUGAACGAAGUCCCCAUCACACGCUACCACCUUGACUACCACAUACCCGCGUACGCCAAACGGCUCUACCCUUUGCCCCAGGGGCGUUCGCUCAACUUUCACUAUCUGUGCGGAAUUUGGCAUCGGCUACAUGUUGCCGCCAAGCUGUCUCACCUAAUGUGCCAGUUGAUAAUCAGAGAACAGUUGCUCCUCAACACUGAAGAAAAGAGGAGGCAGUACGCCCCUCAAACAGAGCGGAUGCGUCGCCGUCUGAUUCCUAUUUUGUUUACCGUGUUCCAUUUCUUCGAAACGUACCGGAAGCUUCACCUCAAAUACAUGGCCGAACACGACGGCUUCGGCCUAUCAAAGACGCCUUAUACGGUCAAUCCAAUCGAGGCCGAGAUCAUGAACAUGUACGACGACCGCACACUUCUGCGCGUUCAUGAGGCCUUUCCCCUGGUAAUAUGGGCCUUUUGCAGAAGGCUCCGACCACCAUCCUAUGUCGGCCGCGUCGAACGAUCGCUGAGGGGUUACCUUAAAGAGAGACCACCUGACGAGGUCCAUGUUGCAGUGUUGUGCCUCGGUGGCAUGCGGGAAGUCUUGAGGCUCUGGGAGGUGAAGGGUUACAAUGCACGGCGGGCGGCCGUCGAUGCUUGGUAUGAGUCGAUUCUCCAUGAACAACCGGUGGAGCCGGAGCCGAAAAGAAGACGAGGGAUGCUUGGCCUCAAGAGGAAGAAGUCUUCUUUCAACAUGGGCAAGACGAAUGGUCAUGGGCACGAGGCACAGCACGGCGCAAACGACGUGAGCGCGGCACGCGGGAAACAGCCAGACAGCCUCGUUUUUCACACCAGCUUAGCGGCUGGUAUGCCCAUGGCCCCCCUGAGCAAGGACGAAUCCAAACUGUUAUACCCUGAUCUUCCGGUGCUGCAACGAAUAUGGCUGGUCACAGCCGAGGCCAUGAUCUUGGAUCGCAAAAUUGUCGAACGACCGGCACAUAUACAUCGCAACGCCCAAGUAUUUACCGAUUUGAUUUCCGAAAGCGGCAUCGAUGAAGAAGACCAGUGGCUCUAUGGUACCACCGCACCGGAGUCUGUCAGGCCGAACCUGGACGCUAUUGAAGAAGACCCAGAUGAAUAACCGGAAAGGAGUCCGGUGAAUUUUUAUCACGCGGCCUCUGUUUAGCCAGCAACAAAGACGAUCUGCUGACGUCCGCUCACUACAUCACCGGAAAAACACCCUCUUACGUCAUUAUUUUCGGCCUCAUGAAGAGACGGCGGCUGUAAAACAUCGAUACCAAGACAUUUCUACAAAGACACAAUUUUCAUUUGUCCGUUAUGGGGUUAUAAAAGCAUUUACGGG